AUGUCUCUCCCCACCACCCGCCGCAUCGUGACGGGCCACGACAGCACGGGAAAAUCAAUAAUCGAAUCCGACAUCACCCUCACGCCCGCGAACCCGCUGGACGCGACGGGCGCGCCGCCGACCGGCGUCAUCCCGGGCUUCACCAACAUCUUCCGCACGGCGGGCUUUCCAGCCGCGAACGUGCAGGGCCCCUGGACCGACGUACACGGCAAGAAGAUUGGCCUGGUCGACCAGGCCGGCGUGUACUGCCGCAUUGUGGAUUUCCCGGCCACGGGGCCGGAGACAAAGGAUGACGUGAAUAUCAUGCACCGCACGCAGAGCGUCGACUUUGGCGUCGUCCUCAAGGGCACCAUCACGCUGAUUCUGGACGAUGGGUCCGAGACGGUCAUGAAGGAGGGGGAUGUCUGUGUCCAGAGGGGCACGAAUCAUGCAUGGAAGAACGUGAGCACGGAGAACUGCCGCGUUCUGUUCGUCCUUGUCCCCUCGGAGCCGAUCCGGAACGAAGCCACGGGGCAAGCAUUCCCGUCGACGAACACGGCGCAUCUCGAGGACGAGACGCACAUGGCGCAAUAG